AUGUUGAGUUCGGAACAGUUCUAUGGUUUACCUGUAUCCAAUCUUAUGCCAUUAAGUCUCGGUAGUGUCGCAUCAGUCCAGGUAAUCAAACGACCAUGGACUCGAAGUCUGGUACGUGCACAAGGGAGAUGCCCAAUUCAAUCGAAUGCUUGCUUGAGAGCGCAAGCUGGCAGACACUGUCGUGCUUCGAACGUCCCCGGCGAUAAUUGUCCAAUGCUGAUUCAGAGAUGCGAUCAGAUCCUGAGAGGACAACAGAUGGGAACGAGUUUAUUCGAAUACAACUUAUUAAGGUGUUUGUACGGCCAGAUUGAUAACUUGCAAGAUCAAGCACUCUUGCAGUGUCGAGCCGCAACUUCACCUCGAGAUGUGCCUCCAGCGGACUGCUUGGCAUUCAUUGAAACUUGCGUUGUCCAACUGAGAGGACAACCAACCAAUUCAAAUUUAUAUGAGGUUCUCUUCCUCAGGUGUGUUUACGGUGAUUUGGAUCAGUUUUUCUUCACGCAAACUCUCUCAAAACGCUAA